GCAGUUGGCAGUUCUGCCUCUCGUCCUCAACAACCCGUGAGCCAAAAUAAUUUUUUUUUCCUACACAAAAUCAAAAUACACAAAAAUUCUUACAAUACAGUGAUGUUAUUUGAAAAUCAAACCCUAAAACCCUCUUGGCUUUGGACAUUUUUCACACUAAUACCCUCAGUGCUUUCUAUAUCCAAACACCCAAUUUUAAUCGUAGUAAGUUUCGAUGCAUUUAGAUACAAUUUUUUUGAUACCGAACAAUUACCCUACAUGGAACUUAUAAGGCAUAAAGGGGUAUAUGCAGACUUUUUAGUCAAUGUAUUUCCGACUAAAACAUUUACGAAUCACCAUACAAUCUCUACGGGUUUGUAUGCAGAAUCUCACGGGGUUGUAGGCAAUAGUUUCUACGAUCCCCUUUAUAAAAAAGUUAUAAAAAUUGGACCUGAGAUGUACAAUUACAAUGUUGAUGUGAAACCAAUAUGGAGGUUAAACGAAGAUAUGGGGGACGAGAGAUAUUCAGCAACAGUUAUGUGGCCAGGUGCAAUAUUUUCCUAUCAAAAUAAAAAUGUCACUUGGAGAUUGCCAUUUGAAAGUGGAUACGAUUGGCACGAGAGAGUAGAUCACGUUAUAACAUGGAUAACUGAUCCUAAUAAACCAGCAAAUCUUGUCAUGCUGUAUUUUGAAGAGCCUGACACUCAUGGGCACGCAUUUGGACCAAAUUCACCUGUAGUUAAGGAUUUGAUUCACAAGCUGGACAAUAUUACUGGAUAUUUAAACCAACAAAUUAACUCCCAUGGGUUGAGCGAAAAUGUAAACGUAAUAUUUGUAAGUGACCAUGGUAUGACUGCAGUAACACCACCACGUUUUCUAAAUAUAACUCAAUAUAUUACUAAUGGAACUUAUAUAUGGGCUGGAGUUAGUCCAGUAAUUCAAAUUAUACCAAACGAAGGUUUUCACGACACAAUUUACAAUUCGUUAACGGCAGCCGCAAAAGAAAAUGGGCAUUUUAAAGUUUACAACAAAUCCGAAUAUCUUGAAAGGUGGCACCUUAAAAACAACAGGCGUGCAGCACCCAUUCUAGUUGUCGCAGAUAUCGGUUAUGCAUUUGACGAUCUUAUCAGGGACGCCCCUAAAUAUGCUGAAAAAUAUAAUUUUACUUUGACUAAUUCUUCUGAGUUUGGCGUACACGGUUACGACUACAUGGAACCCGAGAUGCACCCUUACUUUAUGGCAAUAGGGCCGAAAAUCAAACAGCAAACCAAAGUGGAACCUUUCCAAACCGUAGAUCUUUUCAAUGUAUUUUGUGCCAUUCUUGAUAUACCACCUACAGAUAACAACGGCACAAUGUUACCAGUACAGCAAAUUUUACAGGAAACUACUGGCAAAUACAGUAUCGGUACUGUUGUAAUGAUUUCAGGCGGCUUCAGCUUCUACGCUAAACUGCAGACUAUAAUUUUAUUUGUAUUUCUCACUGAAGUAAUUGUUUUUCAACAUUUCGGUUUUCAAAUUCUAGUUAUUAUUUGUGUUUUGUUUUUAAAAUUUUAUUUUUUGUUUUAUCAUUUAAAUAAGGUUUUUGACAUUUUAUCUGUUUUUAAUGUGUGUAUUCAAGGUUUUAUAAACCGGACACGAAUUAUUUAUGAUAUUUCAGCAAAGUCACUUCAUUCAUACUUCUGCUCUUUACCUCAUUUAAAGGGCUGUGGUUAUUUCAAUAACCGAACAAAAGCAUGCAUGACAAAUUUAUAAACUUUGCUGAAAUAUUGUGUGCACUUUUGAAAGAAUAUUCUAUUGUAGCCAAUGAAACACUUGAAACAAAAUGACAGGAAUGCAGGUGAUAGAGCAUGCCAAAAAAUUAAAAUUAAAGAUAUUGUAACGUUUUAGAGUGAAAAAUGCACACGUGGGUGAUAUUAGCCAUAGACUUUGUUAACUAUUUUUUGAUUGUAGCUCGAGUCAUGUAUAAAACUAUGAUUAUAAAAUAAAACCGCAUUUUUUUUUGCCAAGAAGUAUUACAUUAAAAAAAAAAAACAUCAACAGCAAUUAAUCAUUAUCAUAUAAAAAAAAAACUAUAACCUUAGUCUUAAUCCUAAAAUGAAACCCAGAAAUACAAUUAAAAAAGGUUAAUAUUGUUACUGCACAAUUCCCUGUAGCCUUCCGCUAAGUACUUUUUCAAAGUGGGUUCCGUCAUAGUAGAUCUUGCCACAUUCUUCACAUAUGUAAAAAAAGUCAUAGUUGCGGAUCACUGAUAUAGGAACAGCGUCGAUUUUUAUUUUUAUUCCUAGCCUAGUUUGACAAAGACCAAUGUCUAUCUUCA